UAUAAGAGAUUGCGGUGGAGCGUUUAUGUUCCAUUGCACGACGGGAAUGAUUCUGUUUUGUUCGCAUGCUUAGAACUUAAGAAAAAUGGCGGACUUCGACGUUCAAGAGCAGAUCAAAGAGCUGCGUGGCUCCGGAGAUGAUAGAAGUGACAGAAAUUCAAGGGAUGACAGGGGGGAUAAGAGAAGAAACCGAAGGAGGUCUAGGAGUAGAUCAAGAAGUCCAAGGAGAAACCGAAGUAGAAGUAAGGAAAGACCAAGAAGACGCAGUAGAAGCAGAGGUAGAAGAAGCAGAAGCAAGGAAAAGGGAAGAAGGAAGGAGAGUCCUCCAGUUCCACAGACUGUGAAGAGAAAAACUAUGUGGGAUGUGCCACCACCUGGCUAUGAGGACAUAACACCUGUUAAAUACAAAGCUCUCCGAGCUGCUGGGCAAAUUGCCAUAACAGCACCUAUUGCUGGUGGAGCUGUACCUGCUGUUGCAUUGCCUCAAGGUGCCCAAAUGACAAGGCAGGCAAGAAGACUAUAUGUUGGUAACAUACCAUUUGGUAUUACGGAGGAAUUGAUGAUUGAUUUCUUCAACGCAAAAAUGAUAGAAGCUAAAUUAACAACACAACCUGGCAAUCCAGUUCUUGCUUGCCAAAUCAAUUUGGACAAAAACUUUGCCUUUCUUGAGUUUCGCAGUGUUGAGGAAACAACCCAGGCAAUGGCUUUUGAUGGGAUCAUGUUACAGGGCCAGGCUGUCAAAAUUCGAAGGCCUCAAGAUUACCAACCUAUUCCUGGUAUUUCAGAAUCAGCAACUGUUCACAUCCCUGGUGUUGUAUCUACUGUUGUGCCUGAUUCACCACACAAAGUGUUUAUUGGUGGACUUCCGAAUUAUCUCAACGAAGAUCAGGUGAAAGAGCUUCUCAGUUCCUUUGGCGAACUCAGGGCAUUCAACCUAGUAAAAGACAGUGCAACUGGUCUAUCCAAAGGCUAUGCGUUCUGUGAAUAUGUUGACCUGAGUCUCACAGAUGUUGCAAUUGCUGGCAUGAAUGGCAUGCAACUUGGUGAUAAGAAGCUCAUUGUACAGCGUGCUAGUGUUGGAGCCAAGCUUCCUGGAGCAAUGUCAGGAGUAUUCCCUGUUCAAGUACAAGUACAAGGAUUAGAUCUACAGGCAACAGGAAAUAACCCAACAACAGUGCUAUGUCUAAUGAACAUGGUCAGUGAUGAAGACCUUCUAGACGAUGAAGAGUUUGAUGAAAUUUAUGAAGAUAUACGUGAAGAAUGUUCUAAAUUUGGUAGAAUUAGAAGCAUGGAAAUACCUCGACCAGUUGAUGGAUACAAACUUCCCGGUGUUGGAAAGAUUUAUGUUGAAUACACAUCUCCAGCCGAAUCAAAUGCUGCCAGUGAUUCGCUUUCUGGACGAAAGUUUGCAAGUCGUGUUGUGGUGACAUCAUAUUAUGAUCCUGACAGAUAUGUGGCAAGGGACUUUUCAUAAAAAUACCUCUGGGGGGCAACUGGCCAUUAAGGAAAGAUGUUCAUUCCCUUUUAACUAUCGAAAAACUGCUUCAGUUGGCAUUGCCAUUCAUAUAACUGAAGGUGAACAUAGUUGCUACUGUAGGUACAAUAUUAAGCUGUAAUAGUUCUGAUUAUGAAGGUAUUGUUAACCAUAUUGUAUGUUGUAGUUAUCGUAACAUCAUUUUAUGAGCAAAAUCAACUUUCUUUCA